AUGCUCUGGAACCUGCUCCUGUCUUGGGCUGUGCUUCUGCUCACCUUUGGGCCUCUUCUUGCCCAUCCCAUUACAGAUUCUGCAGAGAUGGCGUACUCUGGACCAGUAGCGGUGGGUGAGGGCGGGGCUGCAGGGGCAGAGGACUUGUCCCUCACUGAUCUGAGCGACCUCCUGCAGACAAUUACAGGUCUGGGUUACUCAACACAACCCAGCAAAGAACUCAGCAGAGAUGGUCAAACUGGACUGCUCCCCAGAGAAGUCCUGAGAGAGGUUCUACUGGAGAAACCAAGUCAACAAAGCCGUCCUCUCGGUAUUAGACGACAGUACAGGAAGAGAGGCAACGGCGCUGACUGUUUCUGGAAGUACUGUGUUUAA